CAAAGCAGCAAUUACAGUCAGCUCAGCACCAACUCCUAUGCCAAGCGUUACAUUGGAAACUACUUUUUAAAGCAACAAACGUCUAAAACAAAAUACAACAUUUCUUAAACACACUGUUUCCAGAAAGAGCUAUUUUAACAGAGGCAACUCAAAGAUAUCUCUUCGACAGAAGUGAGUAUGCUGAAAAAUGUUCAUCUCUUAUACAGCCUAUUGAUGGACAAGAGGUGCAGCUUUCUGUGCACCACUGAAGUAGAGCAGCUGAAAAGCAGUUUCUUGUUUUGGUGAACAAAACCUGCAGGACUUGGCAUUAUGUACUCCCAACUGUGCCUUAGAAAACAGCUCAUCUAUUGUUCUAACAGUCCAGUUCUUCAUCUGUUGACCAUGGCACAAAACACUACUGUUUCUAGAUCUAUAAUUUAAAGAGAACAUAAGUUUCUAAGUGUCAUGCCUACCAACAAGCUGUAAAAUGAUCACCCUGAACGAUCAAGAUCAACCUGUCCCUUUUAACAACUCACAUCCAGGUGAAUACAAAAUUGCAGCCCUUGUCUUCUAUAGCUGUAUCUUCAUAAUUGGAUUAUUUGUUAAUGUCACUGCAUUAUGGGUUUUCAGUUGUACCACUAAGAAGAGAACUACUGUAACCAUCUAUAUGAUGAAUGUGGCAUUACUGGACUUGAUAUUUAUCAUGACUUUACCCUUUCGAAUGUUUUAUUAUGCAAAAGAUGAAUGGCCAUUUGGAGAGUACUUCUGUCAGAUUCUUGGAGCUCUCACAGUGUUUUACCCAAGUAUUGCUCUAUGGCUUCUUGCCUUUAUUAGUGCCGACAGAUACAUGGCCAUUGUACAGCCAAAGUAUGCCAAAGAACUUAAAAACACGUGCAAAGCCGUGCUGGCGUGUGCGGGAGUAUGGAUAAUGACCCUGACCUCGACCAUCCCUCUGCUAUUGCUCUAUAAAGACCCGGAUAAAGGCUCCAGCCCCGCCACCUGUCUCAAGAUUUCUGACAUUAUCUAUCUAAAAACCGUGAACGUGCUGAACUUCACUCGACUGACAUUUUUCUUCUUGAUUCCCUUGUUCAUCAUGAUUGGGUGCUACUUGGUCAUUAUUCAUAGUCUCCUUCACGGCAGGACGUCUAAGCUGAAACCCAAAGUCAAGGAGAAGUCCAUAAGGAUCAUCAUCACACUGCUGGUGCAGGUGCUCAUCUGCUUUAUGCCCUUCCACAUCUGUUUUGCUUUCCUGAUGCUGGGAUCAGGGGAGAAUAGUUAUAAUCCCUGGGGAGCCUUUACUACCUUCCUUAUGAACCUCAGUACGUGUCUGGAUGUGAUUCUCUACUACAUCGUUUCAAAACAAUUUCAGGCUCGAGUCAUUAGUGUCAUGCUAUACCGUAAUUACCUUCGAAGCAUGCGCAGAAAAAGUUUCCGAUCUGGUAGUUUACGGUCACUAAGCAAUAUAAACAGUGAAAUGCUAUGAAUAAUAGAAAGGUUUUUUUACUUCAAUCCCAUUAAAAUUCACUUUAUGAACUAGUCUGGGGUCAAUGAGUACUUUGUAUAAUACUAUCAAGUCCCUUUUCUCUUGAAAAAAAUAAAUUCAUUAUCUUCAUUUGAAAAACUUAUAUAAAACAUUUUUGUGAAUUA